AAACGACUGAAUAGCCAACUCGGGUUGUACGAAACCGUUUCAAUACUUGUUCCCUUCAUUCCUCUCCGCCCCUCCGCUCUACUCCUCUCUCUCUCUCUCUCUAAGCUACAAACCCAAAAGUGACAACUGGGGAUUUGGAGAAGCUGCAAUGAAGGUGUUCCAAGUCAAUGGAGAAACUCUUGCUCUAGCCCUUUACUCCGAUGUUACGAACACCAAGGAACUCCAGGAUUCUAUGCAAGCUGGAACAUUGGAACCAGAAGUUGCAUUUCUCAAUGCUUCUCUUAUCCCAGAUGUUUUCCCUCUAUUAGCAGCUGCACAUAAGACCCUUGUUGCCAAAUCUCGGGAGUCACUGACAACACGCACUCUUCAUUCUGAGCUUGUUUAUAAUUACUCAGGAUCUAAGCAUAUUACAGAAUCCUUGAAAAGAUGUGGCAUCUCUGAAAGCUCAACUUAUGUGCUUGCUGCUCGUUUCAAUGCUUCUCCUGAUGAGAUGAAAGGCGUAGAGAAACUCAUCAAUGGGAAACAGAUUGACAUGGAGGAAUUGGGAGUCAGAGCAGACCAACCCCAAAUUCAAAAGCACUACAAGAUAUCUAGCGUGGAACUUGGGGUGUCCUCACUUGCAGAUGCUAUAACCUCACGGAUUGCAGCCCGAGACGCACUGUGAGAAGAUGAAAGUUACUUCAUUUUGUGGUUAACUUCUUGUUCUAAAUUUUUGUUGUACGCCCCACUAAGCAAUUUGGGAAUUUAAGGACAGAAAAUGGUAAUUGGAUUGCUUGAAGUUGCACUGCAAAAAUGCUCAUUUUGUUUACUUUUGAAUUUUGCUUCAUUUUAGUUAGUAUAAUGUAUGUAACCCAAUGUUUAGUUUUUAGUUAGGUAUUUCUGAUUUGUGACAAUACGAUCACAUCAUUUAAA